CAACAGAAUGAUGGGACCAGCACAGAGACAUCUCCGUCGUCCCUGCACCAUGACCAGUGAGCCCCUCCUGUGCCUUCUGUAUUGCACCCUGACAGCCGGUGCGGUGAAGGUCGUGGUGAACACUCCCAGCAUCCAGGUUACAAGGGGCCGAAGUGUCCUGCUCCCCUGCUCCUUCAGAACCACGGCCGCCCUCAACCGCCUGAACAUUAUCUGGACUGUGUCCCCCUUACUGCAGCCCCAGCAGCCCCUGCAGGUCAUCUCGUACGAGCAGGGUCAGAUUGUGGAAAGUCUCAGUGACUAUCUGGGAAGAGUCACAUUUGCCUCCCAACCAACCCAGGACGCAAGUAUUGUACUCAACUACAGCCGCGUGUCCGACACCGGGACCUAUCAGUGUACGGUCAUCAACCCUCCUGAUGGCGCUACACCCAACAUUGGCCUCGUCGGGCUUACUGUGCUCGUUCCCCCCUCCGUUCCUAACUGUUCCAGUGAUGUCCAUGGCCAUGAAGGGGGCAGUGUUCAGCUGAGAUGUUCAGUGAAGGAAGGGGUCCCCACACCGAGGAUCACAUGGGAGAAAAUCCCACCCGGUCCCCACCAGCUGAUCAGCACCCAGGAAG